AAUAAAUACAUCAAACGCUUCACACCAAGUAAUGAGGUUACCACCGAGUCCAACGAUGGAUGCUACUUUCGUGUACCUUUCGGCGAGGAUAAGCUCGAAACUCAUUUCUAUGCAAAGGGUACCCCCACUACAAAAGCCUGUGGUAAGACCUCAGACCUUCAUGAAGUUGAACACCAAACUCAUGGCUUGUAGGUUGACAAGGAGGUGCUGAUGACCGAUAAAGAAUGGCGUGACGAAGCCAAAGCCCUCAAAAACACGCUGCUGCGCCACAUUGACCUAAUCCAGGGAUUCUGUGAACGAGCUUUCCAAUUUAUUCCAGGAUUUACUGCAAGACUGGAGGCGGAGGAAAUUUUUGACCGACUUCUCACUGGCAUUGAAACAUUGAGCAGCGAGAAAGACAAUCUCGUCGCGGAGAACAAGGAACUUCACUCAGCCAGGGAGAAGAUUUACUACGACGCGGGCAUCAUCGACCGGCUCUGCGCGGGUGCUAUGGAACGGUUGCCUCACUUGCAGAAGAGAUAUGAGCGUGUCCCGGAUAAUGCCACCAAGGAGAUUUUUGGUCUUGUUCUGGAGGGAAUUACAGAAAUGGUCACUGCCAAGGAUCGUGCAAUCAAGUUGAAUGCCCCUUUGCGGUCUGAAAUUGCCGAGCUGAAGAAGAAGCUUGCCGCAGAAGCUGAAGCGCUGAAAAUUUCCCAAGACGGUCGUGAUCAAGAUCGAGCAAAGCAUAUUCAAGAAUUGUCCAAAAAGGAGACCAAGACUACUAUUCUUCUACGUCAAGCCAAGAAGGCGGCCUCUGAAUCCGAUCAUUCCAGAAAGGACUUGCAGAAGAAGGUUGACCAGCUCACAGUAGACUUGUUGACAACGAAAUCUGCGUUGGCUUUGAAGACAACAGAACUCGAGACUAACGUACUUGAUGCUAAUGGAACCCGGAAUGAAUUAGAGGAAGCACGCAAGCAGUCCAACAAACUAAAGAUAGGAAGAAUUGAGUGGGAAGCUGAGGUUGUUGGUCUUCGAAAGCAACUCGAGGAAGCCCAGUCGAGCCUGUUGUCCAGUCGAACAAACCAACGUGUUGAAGAAGACCGCAUUCAUAAAUCUGUUCAGGGAGCUACUGCUGCGAGAGAUGGGCGCAUCAAGCUGCUGGAGAUUGAACUGAACGACCUGAAGAAUGAGAAGUUGGUAUCGGAGCAGGCUCGCAAGAGUGACGAGAAGAACAUUCGGGAAUUGUUCCAGGACAAAUAUGCCUUGAAGGAGAAGAACCAGGAGCUUGAGGAGAAGUUGUUGAAUGUUGCAGUUGUUCAGCAGUCGUUGGAGCAAGACCUCACUGAGGGAAGAGCCAAGAUCAAGCGGUUGGAGGAACAGCUCCUGUUGCCGCGUGCUGUGGCUUCACGGUGGUGAGCAUCAUGGCUAUAUUGCCGGAUCGAGGAAUUCCUCUACCUGCUGGAGCCGUCCUAAUCUCUCCUUGGUAUGAUCUACUCGGAGGAUUUUGAAUAUCACCUGACCAGGUCCAUGGGGCAUUGGAAUUCCGCUGUGUCUUUCUCGCUCGCUGUCUUUGAUGUGGCCUUGAUCUGGUCGAGAUACCGCCAUCCAAAGCUAAGGAAAGUUGACGGAAAACGUGGUGAUUGGCAAUAAUAGUCAAUGUAUUACUGCCUCAAGUAAACUGCUUUUGAGUUGGUA